CGCGCAACCGAUAGCACGCGCGUUCUCAACUCGCAAACAUAAACAGCGAGGUGCAUUCAUUAUCGGACGUCGCCGGAAGAAAAAUUCAAUCCAAAACAAACAAUACUCAAAGCUUUACAAUAAAAUACAAACAAGGGUGAGCCUUGCGAACUCACACACGCAUACGGGCAUAGAAUAAAAAUCGGCAGAAGUGACAAUCGCUAAAGUGGCGGCGCUAGGAAGUCGUUUGGAAUGCGCGGGAGAUCUGUUUAGCGCGCGCGCACGCCCCGACACCGUGCCGCCCUCCGAACAGCCGGCCAUGGCUACCGAGACCGCUCGGUUGCACGCAGGCGCCGCGGGCGAGCAGCAGUAUUCACUGCGGUGGAACGACUUCCACUCGGCCAUGGUGUCGUCCUUCCGACGGCUCCGAGAUGAGGAGGAUUUCGUUGACGUCACGCUAGCCUGCGCCGGCGCUACGUUUACCGCACAUAAGGUGGUGCUAUCAGCCUGCAGUCCGUAUUUCAGAAGAUUACUUAAGGCUAAUCCGUGCCAGCAUCCGAUAGUUAUUCUACGGGAUGUUCACGACAAAGAUAUGGAGAGUUUAUUAAGGUUCAUGUAUCAGGGUGAAGUUCAUAUUGGACAAGAGCAAUUAAAAGAGUUCCUAAGAGCCGCUCAACUUUUACAAGUCCGAGGGUUGACCGACGUUCCUCCUCCGGCGCCGUUAGCUACACUCGAUCAAAAGGCAUCUCCGUCCGCGUCGUCGUGGACGGAGACGGGCAGCGGCGGCUCGCGCGAGGGGCGGGAGGGGCGGGAGGGGCGCGAGGGGAGGGAGGGCGCGGCGCGCGAGGGGCGGCGCGCGCGGCGCGCGGACGACGCGCCCUGCACGCCGCCGCCCAAGCGCGCGCGCUCGUCCGACCUCUACCAGGCGCAGAUGAAGACCAGGACGGAACAGCUGCUGGCGGCGCAGGGCGCGAGUCCCGAGCGUCUCGGUACUAACGGACACGAACUAGCUCUCUUCAGCCAAGCCUUGGAAACCGUACAUAAUCCACACCUCUCCGGAGUCUCCAACAAUUUGUCGGGAGAUGGUGAAGAGUCAUCUUCGGACGCCGGCGCAAGCGACACAGAAGGAGAAAACAGAGCCAAACAAGAACCAGUGGACUACGACGACCCGGCGACCAUGGCCAACACUAACGGAGCUCUCCCCCACAACUUUCCCGGACUUCUAAAUUUACCAGGAUUUCCGGGACUCCCAGGUCCGUCAGGAAUACCAGAUAAUUUCGGAGGUUGCCGUCGAACUCAAGACCUGCUGCGCGUGAGGGCCACCGACCCGAGGCCCUGUCCAAAAUGUGGGAAGAUCUAUCGAUCGGCGCACACUCUGAGAACUCAUCUCGAAGAUAAACAUACUGUGUGUCCUGGAUACCGCUGCGUGCUGUGCGGUACGGUGGCCAAGUCCCGCAACUCGCUGCACUCGCACAUGUCGCGACAGCAUCGCGGCAUCUCCACCAAAGACCUCCCGGUGCUGCAGAUGCCCACACGCUUCGACCCGGAACUCGCAAGCCAACUGCUGGCCAAGGCGGGCGUGAAGGUGUCGGCGGAGCAGCUGCGCGCGCGCGCCUCGCCCACGGGCCCGCGCCGCGCCGACAUGAAGCUGGACGCCAAGUCCGCCGCCUCCGAGACCAGCUCGCUGUGCGGCGACCACGACGACGACCUCAGCCAGUCCAAGUACCAGGACUCGCUGCCCGUCUCGCCGCCGCAUAUAAACAAUUUAACGAAUACGACGAUCACUAAAGUUCCGGCAGUGCGAGCGGUGACGGCGAAGGCGGUUGAGAAUCUACCCCACGGUCUCUCGGGGAUGAAACACGACGACUACCCGCCGGGGUUCGGGGGCGGGUCGGCAAUAUUGGACACCUACCUCCAGUACAUUGGGGAAAACGUUUUUGGUAUGAACGCCGCUAAAUUAGCCCAAAUGAACGCUAUGCACAUGGACAGGAAAACUUACGAUGAGCCCUCUCCACAAAUGGGAUCACUUCCACCUCCCCCUACGACACUGGCACACCAGCGCUUCCUGAAGCAGAUGCAGCGGCAAUACACGGAAAACAUGAGCAAGCCAGACAUCAUGCGCGACACCGAGGAACCCUUAGACCUAGGCAAAGAGAGACAAAGGAGCGACAGCAUCAGCGAAGCUGAGAUUGACAAGCAGGAGAUGGACAAGGACAUGAACAAGGAGUACUACAAGGGCUACAACGACGACGACAUGAACCGUGUGAACAGCUCCGAGGCGGACCACGAGACCAGUGGCCACGACGACGGGGACUACUCCGAGGACGAGAACAACAAGACCGCGUCGUCAUGAAAUGACGUCCACGUUCUCGAAUUAGUAUGCGAGUGAAACUGUUCCGACAGUGUUUUGUUGAUGAGUUACGAAAAGGUGCUUGAGUGUUAUGUUACGUCGUUAGCUGAUUCAUUUUAAACGGUUUUAUCGUUGACCCGUGGAAUAUCGUUGGUGCCAUUGACCGAUGUAUGUAAAUUUAACUUUAAGGGUCGGGUUGACCAGUAUCGGUCGCAACUCGCAGAUAGUUUUAACGGAAAGGGUUAAAGAAAUUUGACAUUUAAAGUAAAGGAGAACGCCGAUCAACCGUUCACGUCGACGGCCAGUAGUUACAUGGUGUUAGACAUUAGGAAGUUCGCCAGAACCGUGCCACAAAGCCGACGCCGACUAGCGAGACCCGCGUACACAUUAGAUAUAUCGUCGACUCGUCACUUGUGAGAUUGUUUAGUAGUAAAUAACUAGUGAGUAGUAACUUAACUUAUGUGUAAGGUCCCUUCGCCGAGGGCCUCUUACAUAGUAAUUCCAUCCAACUACCUCAACAUUCGGGCCAAUAAGGCGACGUUAUAAAUUUUAAAAAAAUAUCCACACAAAUUGUGAAAUUCCAUCCAUCUACCUCACUUCAAUAGAUUUUAUUUAAUAUUUUAUACAAUUUAUAGAUAUAAUAACUGUUGUUUUAUGCGUUUUGCAGAUUGCAUUUAUAUAUACUACAUAGAGUAUACCGUAGGUAAAAUAUAUAGCAAGUCAUUAGAUGGUUGUUAGCGCUGCCCGUAGGUUAUAUCUGUACCGUUUUAUUUUUAUAGAAAACGCACUCACUAGACGAAGAUUAGACUGUCUGUCACGACCGUAGCGAGUUGUAUGUUACCUUAUACGAAAAAUGCACCUAUAUUUAGGAAAAUUAAAAAAAAAAAAGAAACAAAAUAUCUUUGUAUACGAACAAAAAUAACA